CUUGGAUAUGGAUUUUAAUGUCUAUAGCAAUGGCUCUAACCAUUGUAGUACUGUUUUCGACGGUGUUUUAUUUGAGAAGACGACAGCGAUCUAGAGAGGAAGAGAUGUUCCUACUUGACUUAAUGACUUCGGACAACACAAGUGACAUAAGGGAGCUUCAAACCGGAAACAAAGGUCACAAUCUAGACAUAUAUACGGCACAAAUGAUUAUGUCUGCUACAAAUGGCUUCUCACCGGAGAAUUUGCUCGGAAAAGGUGGCUUCGGACCCGUUUUCAAGGGAACAUUUCGUGAUGGAAUAGAAGUGGCAAUAAAGAGAUUAUCAAGAGGAUCAACACAAGGGCUAGUGGAGUUCAAAAAUGAGCUUAUACUUAUAGCUAAACUGCAACACACAAACCUUGUGCGGCUCUUAGGCUUUUGUGUUCAAGGGGAUGAGAAAAUGCUUGUCUAUGAGUACUUGCCUAAUAAAAGCUUGGACUCCUUCAUCUUUGAUGAAUCGAAACGGAAGCUAUUAGAUUGGGAUAAGCGAUUUAGCAUCAUUGAAGGGAUAGCUCAAGGACUACUUUAUCUUCACAAAUACUCGAGACUAAGAAUCAUUCACAGAGAUUUGAAGCUGAGUAACAUAUUGCUUGACGAAAACAUGAACCCCAAGAUAUCGGAUUUUGGAAUGGCGAGGAUUUACAAAACAAAUGAAGCCGGAACAAACACGAACCGGAUCGUCGGCACAUAUGGCUACAUGUCUCCAGAAUAUGCAAUGGAUGGCAUAUUCUCCGAAAAAUCUGAUGUUUAUAGUUUCGGAGUUAUGGUGUUGGAAGUCGUCAGCGGUCGGAAAAACAGAAGCCGUUUCGAGUUCGACCGUCCACUUAACCUGGUUGGAUAUGCAUGGGAACUAUGGAAACAUGGUGCGGCAUUAGAACUAAUGGAUACGAGUUUAAGUGGUUCAUCUCCUAAACAAUACCAGGUUUUAAGGUGCAUUACUUUGGGUCUGCUAUGUGUGGAAGAUAAUCCAUCCGAUCGGCCGACGAUGUCCGAUGUUAUUUCAGUGCUGAACGGAGAAAUGCAGUUGCCGUUGCCAAAACACCCUGCGUUUUCCACCGAAAGUAGGAUUGUGGAAGAAAAUGUGAUGGACAAAGAGAUGGAAAAUUACUCUGUGAACGGCCUAACCAUGUCUACCAUGGAUGCAAGAUGAUUAAAAGAAUUAAUA